AUGAUGAUCCACGACUUCCGCAGCCACCAGGACUUCUCCUUCGGGCCCUGGAAGCUGACAGCGUCCAAGACCCACAUCAUGAAGUCCGCGGAUGUGGAGAAGUUAGCCGAUGAAUUACAUAUGCCAUCUCUCCCUGAAAUGAUGUUUGGAGACAACGUUUUAAGAAUCCGGCAUGGCUCUGGUUUUGGGAUUGAGUUCAAUGCUACAGAUGCAUUAAGAUGUGUUAACAAUUAUCAAGGAAUGCUUAAAGUAGCCUGUGCUGAAGAGUGGCAGGAAAGCAGGAUGGAGGGCGAACACUCCAAAGAAGUUAUUAAACCAUACGAUUGGACCUAUACAACAGAUUAUAAGGGAACAUUACUUGGAGAAUCACUUAAGGUAAAGAUUGUACCUACAACAGAUGAUAUAGACACAGAGAAAUUGAAAGCCAGAGAACAGAUUAAAUUUUUUGAAGAAGUUCUCUUGUUUGAGGAUGAAGUUCAUGAUCAUGGAGUUUCAAGCCUGAGUGUGAAAAUUAGAGUAAUGCCUUCUAGCUUUUCCCUGCUGUUGCGAUUUUUCUUGAGAAUCGAUGGGGUGCUUAUCAGAAUGAAUGACACAAGACUUUACCACGAGGCCGACAAGACCUACAUGUUACGAGAAUAUACAUCACGAGAGAGCAAAAUUGCUAAUUUAAUGCAUGUUUCACCUUCCCUCUUCACGGAACCUAAUGAAAUAUCACAGUAUUUACUGAUAAAGGAGGCAGUUUGCGAGAAGCUACUAUUUCCAGAAAGAAUUGAUCCUGACCCUGCAGACUCACAAGAAAGUACACCUGUGGAAUAG